UGCUUGGACGUUGUUUGUGGGCUCGAAAAAGGCAUCUUUCUCCUCUCGAGCGAUCGUGAUUAUAAUCCCCGCUUAUCCAACAUUCAUACCCCGUCACGUCCUAGUCCAUCAAGCUCCCUGCCAUGUUUAUUCUCGUCUUUCGGCAUGAUUCUACGGUGCGACGCAAGACGAGCAUGCAUCGCUGUUUCUGUAUCUGUACGUCACUCCAGAAGUCCAGCCGACGAACGAGAAUACAAAGUAUUAGCCUUCGUGCCGACGCAAGGUACGUCGCCUUGAGCUGGUCUUCCCCUUUUGUCCUUCAAAAGUUGGUGCAGCAGGAGCCAACGCCGGGUUGCAGUCGGGAUCGUGCCGUUAUUGCGCCCACCGUGGUCGUAUUUGCUAUGUUUAUCUCUGCGAGCUCGUGGAUUUGACGUUUCUUGAAUCUUGAGCUUGUGGUGUUCAAUCCAAAUACAGUAGCUCCGCUCGAGCUUUCACAGCAACGGUCUACCUUUCGACCUCUCCACUGGACCGCGAAUCUCUUGAUCUCGGCCUGGGCGCUGUUUGUGGGAGGCUUGCAGGCAUCAUGGAGACCCUGAGGCGGAAAUAUAGCGUUCGCCGUCCUCUCGCCCGUUGUUGUAUACCUUUCUUACCCCUGCAUUACCCCAUCCUGUUCUCCCAAAACCCCGACAGCCGAUAGCUAGCUUUCUGCUACAUGUUUCUGUAAAUAGC